CCCUGAGUCAGCUCCAUCUCCACCCAAGCCAAAUCAAACCUGAGGCAGGAGCCGAAACUCACAGUUCCUCAAGGCCUAUAGCCAGGUGAUGGAGGACGAGGAGAAGGCAGUGGAGAGCUUGGUGAGCAACACAGAAGCUGCUCGUUCUCCAUCCCCCAUUCGCUGCUGCUCGCUCCGCCUCCGCUACUUGGCAGCUACUAGCAUUAUAUGUGGCUGCUCUUGCCUGGGAGUCGUGGCCCUUGUGUUUGCCAUCAAGGCGGAAGAGCGGCAUAAGGCAGGCCGGUUGGAGGAGGCAGUGCACUGGGGGGCCCGGGCCCGGAGGUUCAUCCUGGCCAGCUUUGCCGUCUGGCUUGCUGUCCUUGUUCUGGGCCCGCUGCUUCUAUGGCUGCUCUCCUACGCCAUCGCCCAGGCUGAGUGACCCUAGCUGGCCUUUGCUGAGAGUCAGCCGAGACAUCCUGAAUCCUGCAAUGCGGCAUUGCUAGGGUCUGGUGCCAACAAUGGUACUUCCUGGCUGGAAGGAUGGUGCCUCUCUCAAAGGGCUUUGGAAGAGAGAGGCAGCAGCUGAGACUGAUGAGGGGAGGUCAGCCUGCUCUGUUCUUUCAGUGCCCACCAUCCCCUAUUCCCCCCAAUCUCCUUCAUCCUAGGGGCCUCUAGGAGGUGGGGUUGAAGCCCAGGCCUGAUUUUAUUAGUAUUUGUUUUGUAAUAAAAAUCUUUUUUAGUGGC